UGAUUUUUUUCAGAAUCGGAGGUCCUCCUGUGAUGUUAGGGAAGUAGACACGACUAGACAGCGCUCCUUUUCUGUCGUUUCACCAACGUUAUAUUACCUGGCUAAAUUUGUUUCACUUUGUUUUAUUCAAACGGCAGUAUUGAGACCAGAACGUGCUAUAAGACAACUACGGUUGCUAAGAAAAAGUCAAUUCACACUUACUCGGAGUACAGAGUGAAACCAAGGAGGCGACGAAAGAACAAUCCCAAAUGUAAUUUGUAAUGUAUUGAACUGACGGUUUAAAAUUGCACACGCUCUGCUUGACUAUGGCACAGUGGACACAAAUGGAAAAACAAAUUCCCCUUCUGGACAACCAGACGGUCAAUUUUCUCUACCCUCCAAACUGCUUCCCCAUGGAAGUCAGGUGUUACCUGGCCUCCUGGAUUGAGGCACAGAGAUGGGAAGACUUUGACAUGGGGAACGUGGGGCAGGAACCCCAGGCCUUGGAACUGCUGGACAAGAUCAUCUCGUUCCUACAGAGCCAUGCCCAGACCAACCAGAACGUGGUGGAGAAGAUGAGGCUACAGCAUAUCAGCAGGGUCAUGAAUGUGUUUCAAUCCCAGCCUUUGGAAUUGAUGUUUACCAUCAGGGACUCCCUGAGGAAGGAAAGGUUUAUUCUAAGUCAAGUGCCUGCCCAGGAGCUGCCUCCUGCCCCGGUCCCCAACACCGGGGACGUGGACCACCUGGUCUGCAAGGUCCUGGAGAUCCAGAACUGUCGACAGCAGAUCCACCAGCUGCAGGAGGAGCUGAACUGGCAGAGGCAGAACUAUGAGAACACACAGGGUUCUCUCCAACAGAACCAAACAAAUGGGUUGGAUCCCCAGCACUCUGAGGUCAUUAAAGUGCAGAAUAACAUUCAGCAGCUAGAGUACAAUGGGCAAGCCAUGUCUAAGAAGCUUGUCCAGCUUCUGCAAGAGGCCGUGUGCAGUCUUGAGCAGUGUCAGGCUCAGCUCAUCAACAGGAUCAAGGCCUGGAGGUGGGAACAGCACCGCGCCACCAUCGGACACCCCUUCGAUGACAACCUCAGCCUUCUGCAGACCUUGUGUGAACAACUACUGGGGGUGAACGGGAAGUUAAGACAGGAAGUCAUGCUGGUGGGAGAGCCAAUCCCAGAGCUGCAGGAGGCUUUGGCACGGCUGCUGCAAUCCCUCAUCCAGAGCUCUCUUGUGGUGGAAAAGCAGCCUCCCCAGGUCAUCAAGACCCAAUCCAAGUUCUCCACCACUGUGCGCUAUUUGCUGGGGGAGAAGAUGGCUCAAGGAAAGCCUGUUCUGCUCAAAGCCCAGAUCAUCACAGAAAGCCAGGCCAGGAGUUUAGGCCCACUGGGCAGCAUGUCCAGUGAGAAUGUGGGGGAGGUGAUCAACAACACAGCCAUUUUGGAACACAACACAUCUAGCAAGAGCACCUGUGCCUCCUUCAGGAAUAUGUCAAUAAAGAAAAUCAAGAGAGCCGACAGGAAAGGAUCAGAGUCUGUGACGGAGGAGAAGUUUGCUCUCCUCUUCUCCACAGAAAUUAGCAUCACUGGCUGUGACACUCCUUACAAGAUCCAGAUGAUCACUGUUCCUGUGGUGGUGAUUGUGCACGGUAGUCAGGACAACAACGCAAUGGCAACCGUCAUAUGGGACUGUGCCUUCUCUGAGCCAGACAGGGCACCAUUUGUGGUCCCUGAGAGGGUGCCUUGGAAGAAGAUGUGUGUCACCCUCAACAGGAAGUUCAUGUCGGAGGUUCAGACCGAACGCUGCCUGGACACCUACAACCAGCACUUCCUCGCUCAGAAGAUCUUCGACAACCCUGACAUCCCAGGCGACUACAGUAACAUGCCUGUGUCAUGGGUCCAGUUCAAUAAGGAAGUGCUACCAGGACGACCUUUCACCUUUUGGCAGUGGUUUGAUGGGGUAAUGGAACUGUCCAAGAAACACCUGAAGUGCUACUGGACAGAUGGGCUGAUAUUUGGCUUCAUCGGGAAACAGCACCUCCACCUCAUUCUUAAAGACAAACCCACCGGCACCUUUCUACUGCGUUUCAGUGACUCUGAGAUUGGAGGCAUCACCAUCGCCUACGUUGCAGCCUCAGAGAAUGGGGGUCAGAAGAUCCAAAACAUUCAGCCCUUCACCAAGAAAGACCUGGAAAUCCGUUGCCUUGGCGAUCGCAUCCAAGACCUUGAGUUCAUCACACACGUCUAUCCAGAUUCCCCCAAAAACAAAGUCUUUGGCAAAUACUACACAGUGAACCAAGGGACUCCUAGUGGUGGAUACAUUGCUGUCUCCAUCCAGACCAAAGUGGAAACGCCAUCUGCGUCACCCACAGUUCCCAGUAUAUUGCCACCCAGUGAGUCCAUGGAUCCCAGAAAUGGAGCUGCGGGUAUGUCGCCCAUCUACCCCCAAACCAGUUGGACAUUCUCUGAUCACAAACCUCAGCAUCUCUUUAAUGACCCUGUCAGUACCAUGGAACAGGCCCAGGACAUGGAUCUGGAGGAUAUUCUGGGGGAGAUCUACCAGGAUUGAGAGUGACUCAGUGGAGGGGACCGUUUCACCACAACAGAGCAGGUAGCAGCUUGAACCGUGUCUGUUCAGCCACUCUGGGAACUAAGAACAGCUCAUUGGAGGGCCCUGGCCCCACAUCAGGUUCAAUAUCGGUCUGCUGCCACACUAAAGGAGAGACAAUGUUCUGAGGACAACAAACGUAUAUGAUCAAAAGACAUCUUCGUAAUGGAAUGGAGUUGACCAAAUGAUAAGUUCUUGCUCUCCAUUUCAUUGCCUUUUCCAGUCUCGUCACCUACGAUGGUUGAUUUGUAACUGUACACAUUGGAGCACCUAAAGACUUAAUAUUGUCGUUAUCUUCUGGGGUGAUAUGUUUAGUCACUUUACAUUUCCAUUCGGAAGCCAUACAAACCCUUUCCCAGUGCACAUUUAUUCCAGAUUUUAAAAAAAAUAUUCUUGUAAAUACAUUUUUUUUGUUCUUUUUAACUUAGAAAUAUAAUGUUCUGCAUUACACAUAACCUGAAUUAUAGCUCGCCUACAGGUUUUUGCCCACAGCCAUAGUAAAAUGAUGCUAUAGUGAAGGGAUUUUGCAAUACAGAGAAGCAGUAGAGCCACCUACAUAGGAACAUACAUCUGAUUUUUCCAUCACAAGUGAAGCACCACUAUGCUACUGACUUCUUUUUAAUAUGAAACCUUGUUUUAAUAAGAAUAUAAUUAUUAUGUUGUUGCAUUUUGGAAAUAUUUUUUUUUUGAAAUAGUUGAAAUCCUGAUGUGUUGUUAUCAAAAGUUAUCCAUGGUAACUUUUGUUUUCAUAUUCCACCCUUUUUUAAGUCGAUUAUUUUUUGCUUAUCCUGGAAAAAUGUGUGCUGAUUCUUUUAUCCAUCGUCUUAACUUUUAAAGUGUGUUCUGUUGGCUAAUGCCAAAAGUAUUAUAGUCACCGUGUUAGUCAUGUAGCUGGUAAUCCAUCUAUGCAUUGUGCAUCAAUGUUUCUUUCAAAGGGUGCAAAGAGAUAAAUUAACCCGUGCUAUAUCAGAUUGAACUGUGGGGUGAACUUAUACAUUUGUAUGUUAAAUAUAACAUUUUGGGUAUGAAAUAUAGCUGUUUUCGUUCAAUAAUACCACACACAAACUAUCUUUCCUUCACUCUCUCCUUGUGUCAGUGCAUUCCUAAACAGGGACUUCUGGGGGAUAAUGGGAGUGCAUACAGUAUAUAGUAUCAUGUUAGAGUAGGGGUGAAAAUGACAAUGUUCAAAUUAGUUUCAAACUAUAAAUAUAUUAUUUAAAUAUGAUAAAUAAUUUUAAGAGACUUUCAAAUUCCCUUAUGUAUAAUCACAUUUUCCCCACUUUUACUGCUCUUGCCAGUAAAUGGUAAAUGGUUUGAUGUUUCUUAGAAAUACAUUCUAAAUAGCAGGACAAUAAACCUACAUGACAAUACCAUAUAGUUUCAUUAUCAGUCAUUAUCCCUGUUUUUGCAGUUUGUAGCAGGCACUGUUUUUGCAUGCAAUAAUAUUUGUUUAUGUCUUAAUAUUUAAAUCAACACAAUGUUUUGUACCCUUUCUUGGUCUCACAGUAGAAGCCAGCAGUGCAGACAUGGAACAGAUAUUGUUACUUAUAAAACAUAAACAGGAGAGGAUCCCCUGAUCCCAUGGAUAAAGAACUUUGCAUCACCCAGAUAAAAGAAGCAGUUGUUAACAAAAUGCAUCCAUAAAGCCACAUCUCAAUCCUGAUCAUCUCUGUAGUAAGUCAUUAUCAAAAAUAUAAAUUCAACAUUUCUUUUUAGAUUUUUAUUUAUUUACACAAAAUAGUUUUGCUGUGUCAAUAUUUAUUUACAUUAAAUUGGAUAUUAUAGCUAGUUUGGAUGCCACUGCAAAUUGUUUAACCAAUCAGCAAGAUUACAUUAGCUUAUCAAGCUGUGUGACUGAAUGGACUUACAGAGAUGUUUUGUGAUAAUAAACUAAUUGGAAGCUAUUUCAAAAAGCAUAAUGGGAUGCUACCGAUAAGUAUACUUCUCAGAAAGUAACCUAUAUCAAAUCUGGGAUUGAAAAGGUUGAUCUAAAACUCAACUGAAAAUGUCACCCCACUAAGACACAUAAUAUAUAACUAUAGCCUAUCCAUUGUUGUCCUAAAUAUCAGUCUAAAAGAACAAAACAGGCCAAGACAGACAGAUUAAUCAUAAUUUAAGGAAACUUUCAACAUAUAACAACAAAUCUACAAUAUUCGUAUUAUGAAAGUAUGUCUAAGGUUCUAGAUCGGACCCAGGCAUAUUGGUAUAGCACGUUUUGCUUUUCAUUCGUAAUCCAAUGGCCAAAGAGGAGACAUUUUAAAGCUUGAAUAUUAUAUUGUCUAUCCAUUCAGUCUUAAACAGUCAUGGUAAAUUAAAAAAGAAAACUUUACACUGUACAUCACAAAGCUUUUUUUUUAAAUGAGAAUAAGAAACUAAUUCACCUACUGCCGAGGGAUCUAACUGUGAAAUCAGAUGAAUUUAAUAUUAAAAGAGAAUCAUAUAUAUAUAUCCGGUUCAGUAUAUGCUCUACCAACUGAACAAGAUAAAAUGCUUCAGUUGCUGGAGUUCUGUAGUCCUUCCCCCUCCCCUCCAUCACUCACCUGUAGCCUGCAGCCUCGGCUGUUCUCUCUGCAGAGCAGGACAAAAUGGCUGCCUUGGAAACAAAAGGAGGUAAAGGUGAACGCAGGAGAGAUGGGGGGCGGGUGGUAGAGGAGGAAGCCAUCAGCCAACUUUGGAAACCUCACCUUUGAGUGUCCUUCCCUCGUCAGCAGAUACUAUGAAUUUACAGGUGCACAUUUACUGCCCUGUACAAAAAUAAACUCAAAACGAGUUGCCUCAAUGUAGUCUUUUCUCUAAAGUCAGAGAUGGGCCGUGUACACUGGAAAUCUGAAAUCGAGUACUCGCCCCUGUAGACAAAGCACCAGGUGUUUGCCAACACCAGCAAGAAGCCACUUCAUCAUCAUGCACUCACUUUGUGGUUUGUCAACCAACAUUUGUCAAGUUAUAUAUAGAACACAGUCAAUUACAAAACAACCCAUUCCACAUAAGUCAGCUGCAGUUGUUCUCUCGUUAUCACGGAACUAUCAAAAAUAAAAACCAAUUCUGCUAUCACACAUCUGUACAUUAAACCUAGCAUUACUGUUGCUGAAAGAGUAAAGCUUUAAUGACAGUAAGCGCAUCCUGUCCACAAAUACUGCAUAGGAACCACUUUCUUCUGAGGCAUUUAACAGAUAAAUAUCUAAUUAAGUGAAUUUAGUUGUAAAUUGUACAAUUUCAAGUAUAUAUGUUGAAAUGGUAAGAAAAGACCAGAUGGUUUUGUGUGUUGUGUGUUUAUUUUCAGACUGUAUAAAUGUAACUGUGUGCGUGCUCCCCUAAAAGAGACACAGACUCGGAAAUAAAAACAUAACAAGUUGUAAAAAGACUUAAUCUUCAAGGCAAAACUCUAAGGGCUGAUGGGAAAGGGGAGCACUCUAAAGUCUUGUGAAACAAAAUCUCAACCGUAGCAAAACCAAUGAGGGAAGAGGACAUGUUUUUGUUCCUCUUAAAAUACUUUGAUUGGUUGCAUGGUAAAUAAAAAUAACAAAGCAUGAUACGAACACAGGAUUGUGGCGAUGAAAAAGCCCAAAAUAAAA